ACACUUCACUAAUCGAAGGCUUUCCCUGAUUGAAUUUUGGGUCAGAUUUGAAACGGCUUUGGAAGAGCAGCGGCAAAAAGAGCUGCAAGAGGACAAUUCUAGCAUGCAUACCUUGCCAGUACUUGAAACUUGUUGGGGAAUUGAGAUUCAUGGCAGAGAUGUGUACACUCACAACAUUUUUGUUGCUUUCCAACGUGAGGUGGUGGCUGCUAGGGAUCGUCAUCAUGUAAAAACUAUUGAGCAGGUUGGCGAUGUCCGAACCAUGAGCAUUGCUGACCUUAGCGGCAGGAUAAGAGUAGUCUGCUACAACACUAGUACGAAGGCUGCACAAUGUACUUGCCGAAUGUUUGAAUCAUUGGGCAUCUUGUGCUCUCACAUCAUUGUUGUUCUAAAGAAUGAUGGAUGUAAUGAAAUUCCUAGCCAAUAUGUGUUGCAUAGGUGGUCUAAAAUGGCUGCACGACAUCUUUCUUAUGAUGCUAAUGGACAUGAGCUAGAAGGGUCAUCUACAUCUCUUUCACCUACCAUCAAGAAAUUGUACUCAGAAACAUGCUCGAUGUUCAGCUCGGCAUUGCAUACAGCUAAGCAUUGUGAGGACAAGAUGAAAUACUUUCACAAAGUUAUUUCUGAUGCUCUUGCGCACUUGAGGCAGACGGUGCCUCUUGACGAGCAAAAUAAAGUUCAAGGGUUUGAAUCCUUCAUUGGAACGACAUUCCCAAGCAUCAUCAAUAUUCAUCCACCGGAGGUUGCAAACACAAGGGGCAGUGGUAAGAGAUUGAAGAGGGGUUCAGAGGAGGCCAUGAACAAAAGGAAAGGAGGAAAUAGUGUCCAGAAAGGUCCAAGGUCUGUAGAUUGUUCUAUUUAUCAGCACACCCAGCCCAUGGGAGCGGAUAUCAUUCAUUUGGCGCUAAUUAAAUCAUGAAUGACAAAUGCCUUCUGUUCAUGUGCUAUCCAAUGCUGGAGGGUUCUGCUACAACUUCAACACCUAGUUGAAUAUGUUGGUGCAAUAUGUGUACCUGCUACCUCAUUGGGCUAUAAAUCACAUCUGAGUUGCAACUCUAGUUAUGCGCUUCAUAGUAGAUUUUAUGUGUACUGUCAUUAGUGCUGCUAGAAAGCAUUCAUGAUAUUUUGUGUAAAAAGGUGUGUAAGAGCAUAAUAUUGUUGUACUGUUAGCUUUUAAAUGCCAAGAUAGAUUUGAAA